UUUCAGGUAACUAUAAUGUCAAAUGGUAAACGUGGCCGCAAGGCUAAGCCAACUAAUAAAGAAAAGGAUAUGAUAUUUACUCCUGGAUGUGUGGAUUGUCACAUGAAUCAUCUCCCAUUCCAAUGCCCUCGUCCAGUGAUGACAAAGAAACUGCCAGAGUGGGAGAAAAAAUCGAUUGGAAUGGGAAAAUUAAAGAACCCACUGGAUAGCAAAGUAAAAAUGUACUCGGAGCCUGCUCGACAGACGACGUGGAAGGAGAAACUCAGUCAACUCAAUCAUGAGAACAUGAGCUAUAAUGCUCACAAUAAGAGAAGUAGUCGCCAGCGAGGAAAUAGUUAUCGGUUGCCUCAGCAAAACAUUCCUCCACCAUCGCAUCAUCAAUCGUCUCAAGUCAUGCGAGGAUUUCAAAACGCACCGUUCCAAAUGCAACCGCAUUACAACAAUGAAAGGAAGCCUCAAAGUCGUAGGAAUGACACUAUGCGAGCAUCUAAAUCAGCGUAUGCUGCCGCCACUGCUCCCGUAAAGAAGCACGUGAGACCGGCAAAUGAACAGCACAUGAGGAAGCUGAACGACUUGCUCCGUCCAUUCUCCUACGGUUCAGAUGAUCUCUAUGAGGAAACACAGCCGUUUGUGAAAGAAACUUCACUUGCAAACGUGGAUAUUCAGAUCUGCCAAACCAGGCCAAAAGUGCCGCCCGGUAAGAUGUGGAUAUUCGAAAGUCGAACGAUUUACGACGAGAAUGGAAAUUGUGUGAGCGCAAGAGAAGGAGCAAUGGAAGUGUCAUUGGCUUCAAGAAUGCAUAACGAACCUAUCGUCAUCGUGAGCAUGAAUGAUAGCAUGUGCUUCUAAACUUCUGCUAGAAGCAAAUCAUCAUCUCAUCAUGAUUCUCGUCGAUUAUACAUUAAUUUGGUUUCUGUUUUGGUGAUUUUCGGUUAAAAUUGCUCUUUUCAUAACUUCCACCACACCAACCAAUUUGAUGAGUAACGAUGGUGAUCCUCUAGAUGAGAUGAAAUAUAUAUAUAUAUAUGUAUAUCCCCGAAUAGAUCGUAUGUUCUCCGCUUUUCAAAGCAUGCUUAGAUUUUAUAUGUGUCCCGUACAAGUCUGUUUAUUUCUCUUUGUUUGCAAGAAGUUUUUGAAUGGAACUAGAGUACCCCCAGACUGUAGCGAGAAACUGAUUUUAUAAUUUGGACAGUCUGUGGUGCUUUAAUUUUAUGUUCAAGAAUUGUUUGCAGAUAAAUCUCUUUAUCUCGAAAGUCAUGAUUUCUCGCUUUUCUGUUUGAUUAGGGAUUUCCAACUACAUUUCUUAUUCUGUUGGAAAUGUAGCUCUUCAGUGAUUUUCGUUAACGUUCUUUAUUCUCGCCUAUCUUCUCAUCUCUUUUUAUUCUCGUCGAUUAUACUGUUCUGACUUUCCUAUAUCAGCAUCCAUAAUCAUAAUAACUGCCCUGCUGUUAUUGUUACUUGCCCAUAUCUAAUGUCAACCUCACUGUCUCUGAAAUCUGUUUCAAAAUUAAUUCAGAAAUAAACGUCUGCAUGGA